CUGGUCGUGAAUGCCUCGGGUGACAAUGGCUUCUAUGACUCGUUUACAUAAACAAACGACAGCGAAACUGCUUGCUAAAGGUUUUCCACAGUUAACAUGAUGACAUAGAAGUACACCUCCACAGACCAGAUCUUGCUGGUUGUGAGGAAGAGGUCAUCCAGUGCAGUUUCCUUUUUUUUUCAUCACGCACAUUCAUCAUGGGAGUAGGAGUUCCCUUACUCAAUGAAUACAAACAAGAAUUUGUAUGGAAGCGGUUACCACAGACUGUGUUUGGUGGGCCCAAGUUAAAACUGGGCUACACAGCACCAGUGUAUGUGUAUCUCAGCCAGGUGCUGUUAUGGCUGGUACCAUGGCUGUUUGGUGGGAUCUUCACUGUGGUGCUGGAACUGGCCUACACAAGCAGUGAGAUCAAUGACUACCUUCUCCUGUACUGUUGUUUGUAUGGGGCCUGCAUCCUCAUCUUUGUGGUUGUCAUACAGACCAUCAGUACUGUUGUGCAGAUUAAAGAGAAGGAGAAUGCAAAAGCUAUCACCAAGAAAAGUAUUUUGGCUGAAGAGGAUGAGGUCGAUUUCCAAAGCUGCUGUGGUGCCGAGACCAUCGAGUUUAUUGUGCCACCCAAGUACUUCAAGCUGAACAUUCUGUUUCAUGCUUUGGUGUCUGGCAUAAUGUGUGGACUUACUCUUUGGUAUUUGCUGCCAUGGUCGCUUAAUCAGUUGUAUGGGAACAAUUAUGGUGUAACUGUGGUGUUGUUUAUCUUUGGCUGGCUAACACUGAGCAUAGCUCAGUAUUCUUUGACAGCUGCUGCUCCACCAGAACCUGCAAUCUUCCGAACUAUGGAUGUUUACGAGCUUCAGCCUCUCAGUCGGCCAUUUUAUGUCUUGCUUUGCAUGGCUUUUCAUAUCCUCAAUAGGUACUUCUCAGAAUUUAAAAGUGCAAACCAAGCAUUACACAUCGUUUUUGCUUGCUUACCCUUGCUAUGGGUACUGGGACUUCUUCCACCUGUUGAUGCAUUUUUCUUAUGGCUAGAGGAGCAAGUUCUUGUCUUCAUGCUUGGGGGAUCUCCCAUGGCCUCAAAUCUGAGGUUGAGCAUCAUGCUGGGGAUAGCUCUGUGUGUGUUUAUUGGAGCAUACUACAUUCCUGUCUGUCUUGGUACUGUAGUGCUGUGUGCCACUAUGGGGUAUAUUUUGAGCAUCGAUCUUGGAGGGUUGUGUACGCGCAUCAUGCAGACCUGCAGCACCAACAACAAGGUGUCGACCAGUCAGCUUCUGCAGGAUUCCAAGACUCUACGGCACAACACUGGCUUCCUCUGGUCUUGGUGCUCAUGGACAGUCAUGUACCAUGCAGCAAUGCUGCUUGUGGUUGCAGGGGAGGCAGCAGUGCUGAAUUAUUUCUCAGGUUCUCUGAACAAGAAUGUGUGUGGAUGGAUUAUUGUUGGGCUUUGUGUGGCAGAAAAAGUGGCCAGAGAUCUUCAAGGAGUGUACAUAUUCUUUGGCUUGCUUCGUAACUAUAUUUUUCCUCACACUGCGCAAAGAGCAAGUAUCUACAAACCUGCAAAGCAGCGCUUGACCUCCUUGGGCCUAUUCAGGCGACUUUGUUUGAACUGGGUUGCACCUUUAACAAUGGUUGCUUACCUGUCCAUCGAAAUCACCCAGAAAAAUGUUUUGACCGACUCAGCCACGGGACUGGAAACUGCUCAUGCCAUCUGGUUCAUUUUUGGCACAGUUCGGGCUUUUAGAUGGGCAUGGCAAGGUACUGUUCAUGCCCUUCUGGAGAUGUCAGUGGUACACAUAUUACUCUUCACCACAUCAUCAGAUUCCUCAGUUCACAAACUGGGCACCCCUCUCCUGCUGCUCAUUGCAGGCCUUGUGCGUGACCGCCUGUACCAGUUUUGCAACAAACUAUAUUUUGUUUUGGCCAUGCUCAUCACAUCAUGGCAAGACAGAAAGCAGCGUCGAAGAUCCACAAUAUUUAUCCUCUUUAUCUCAGCCAUUUUCUUCCCCAUUAUUUUAAGUGUCAUGGCUGCUGCAGCAGUGUUGUCAGCUCCCUUGCUGCCGCUCUUCACACUUCCAGUCUUCUUCAUCGCCUUUCCUCGGCUGCAAAGGUUUUGGCCAGAGGCAGUUGGGGCAUCUGCCAACAUUUGUUCAGAUACAGUGUACUACCGGCAGUUUGCACCUGCAUUUGCACAAGCUUUGAGGCGUGGAUUUGCAAAUGGCAGUCUUGGUGAACCACAGGCUGGAAACCACUACCUGAUUCGAUUUCAGGAUCGCCUAGUGUGGACCAUGAUUCUAGAACGUGGUGCUGCCUAUUGCAGUGUCAGCAUCAAGGGACUGGAACUGCAAGAAACAUCCUGCCAUACCACAGAGGCAGCACGCCUUGAUGACAUCUUUGAGAUGUCGUUUGAAAAGGAGGCUGGGUUUUCUGUUUGCACUUUCAACCAGUAUCCACUUCAUUCUCUCACACCAGUCGAUGCGUGUGGAGUGCAGACAUACUCAGAUGCCAGAAAUGUGUUGACUGGAGUGAUUGAUACCCCGAACAGUGCUGAUGUAGCACUCAAGUUUUUUGCAAGGAGCCUGGUGUGGCUGCUCCUGCACCAUGUCAACAGAGUGAAGAAGAAAGAGGAGGACGAGAAGAAGAAACAGCAGGAGAGUGUAAGAACACGGGAGAUCCCAACCAAAAAGCCUUCACUAGCAGCAGGCAAAGUAAAGACACGAGGGGUUAAAAAUGGUGGAAGCAGUGUAGUUGAAAUCAACCACAACCUCACCACAUCAAACUUUAAUACUAGAGACACUAAUAGUAGCAGUGUCAAUAACUUUAAUAUUAAUACUAAGGACACUAAUACUAGCAGUGUCAGCAACUUUAAUACUUGGGAUGCUAAUGCAAGCAGUAUCAACAACAAUCGCUUGGUAACCACCAACCUCCCUUUACCUACUCUCCCUCCACUUGUGCCUAAAAGUGCUUUGACAGCACUGACACCUGUCAGCAGCGAUGGCCGAGCCAAAAAUGUCUUUACCCCACCACCAUUUGAGGAUUCACGGCCUUCCUCUGCUCAGUCCAUAGAAAAAGUCAGGAAGAGCUCAUGGAGUUCCUCCAUAAACAGCUUUUCAGAUAGUCUGUGGUCAGAUGAUGAUCUGGACAAGCCCAAAGUGAAGAAAAAGUCCUUGAAGCAGGCAAAGGUGGGGCACUCUAAAACAGCUCUCUCUCAGCCUGCUAGUGUUACCGCUAGUUCCAUUGUGCCAAAGUUUUAUCCUCGUGUGCAGGAGAAGAGUGACUUAGACGACAUGAUGGAGGAACUGGACUUUGGUUUGCCUUCAGUUAAUGUUGGGUACCCCAAGCCUAGCCUGGUCGCACGCACUGUCCUUGCCUCCAACCCCCUAUUAUCUUCAAGUCGAAUAAAUGGGAACCACAUCUAUAAGCCUGUGACCAAUCUAGCAGGCUCUCCAGAUUUCAAGUGCCAGUACUCCUCACAGAUCAGCCUUCCAACCAAAUGGCGAGAGCUGCCCAUCGAGCAUUCACAGAUUGUGCGCCACAUGAGUGCAUUUCCCAUUGACUGGUAUAAGCACGUGUUGGCCCAGCUGGAUUGGUCAGCCACAGGGCUACCUCGGGAAAAAGUGGCUGCGGAUGUUGGAGCAGAUGAAGCUCUGACCAACUGCUACUCACAGCUCAUCAUGGCUUGCUGUUCAGCCUUUGAUACACCUGAUAAGAGGGCAGGGCCAAGUUACCUGUACAAGUCCUACAUUGGUGAUGUACCAUGGAAUGCCAUGAUGGACUGGUUGGCAGAGGAUAAAGAGCUUCAUGAGCUUGUCAUGAAGGCCUUCAGAUAUGGAUUCAAGCUAAUGCUGGACUCCAUGUUACUUGGUGACAUAGAAAGUCAUGAGGAACUGGAGGAAAGUCUGCGUGAUUAUGACAAAAACUGGUUCAUCGGCCGCGAGACAGAUCCAGAGUGGAAGGCAGCAGUUCUGGACAAUAAACCUAAUUUGUUUUCUCUUGGGCACAAUUCUCUGCAGGGUACCUACAACAGUCAUGUGCUUACCCUGCAAGAAGUAAUAGUCCAUGUAGGACGUCUCAAUGCGGAAGUGGUGCGUGGGCAGUGGGCCAACCUCAGCCUGGAACUGCUGUACAUGACCAAUGAUGAUGAAGAGCGCUAUAGCAUCCAAGCCCACCCUGCCAUCCUCCGUAACCUCACAGUGCAAGCUGCAGACCCCCCACUUGGCUACUCAAUCUUUUCUUCUGAGCCUCUGUCUGUCCCAACAUUGUAACAAAGAAACCCUUCAGUGCAUCAUUCUGACCUAACUCAUCAAAGAAGUGUGAAUUUCAGCAGAGUUAAAGGGUACAGACAUAUUAAGCUACGAGGGUAGGCUGAGGUAUUGUUCAUUUUUGUGUCUAUGAUAAUGCAAAAAUGUUGAACAUAUUUAAUCUCCAAGCAGCUGUGCAGUGAGUACACAGACUCAAGACCGAAUUCUCCACCAUAAGCAUGGUGAGCCUGCAUAGCAAUGUGGCCUUCUUCAGGGUUCAUGCAGCAGUGAAAAUAACUUUUUUUUUUGGCUGCUGUUGUGAAGGCUGGCUAUGCAGGUCAUCUGGAACGUGCACUGCAGGGUACAAGUGUUUAGUAAAGAUGACAUCUGGGCAUUGCCUGUCACAUGUUGUCACAGGUUGAAAAGGCUGUGAAGUGUUUUUUGUAAGGUUAUUUUUAUCCACAAACUCAUUUUCAUAUGUACAUAUUGCUGCAUUUUAUUUUUAUAAGUGUGUGUAAAUAGUGUGGUUUGACAAAAGUCACAGCUUACCCAAAGAAAAGAUAGAGUUCAAGAUUGUGUCAGAUUGUAAAUGUUUUUUACAUGGAAGUAGCAGAGUUGCUUGUUUCAUUCAUACUCUGUUCAUGCCAUACUUCAGCGUUGAAGAACUCCUUGAUCUUGAAAUUAAAGGUAACCAUAUUACCUGCAGUCAAAAGUGAUCAACUUGUUAAAAAUAUUUGAGGUAUUUUGCUGCAAGAGAGUGACAAGAAAGUGAGGAUUUAUUAAACCGAGGCUUUAUGGGAAGAGUAUGAUCACAUCCUUAAGAUAUUUGGUAAUCUCCAUUAAUGUUUCCACUCGUUAAAUGUUUUACCCUCCUAUAUACUGUUGAGCUUUGUGCUUAUUUGCUUUCAGCAAGCAGACAAAAAUAAAUGUUUGGCUUUGACAUGAGUGAUAACAACAUGAAAGACUACCACACUGUAAACAAGCUAUGCCUUUUGCGUUGUACAGUAGUGGUUCAUAUGGCACUUCCAUGCAGCUUGUCUGGUAAUCUGUUAAAUAUUUCAACCUUUGAACAGGAUAUUUUGUAGAAUUGUUGAGCUUGUCAUCAAACAUUCCUUCUGUGAUGGUUGUAUAUACUGCAUGUAAAAUGGUCUGGUUGUUGUACAUAUAUAUUAAUAUGCUCACAGACUUUCCAACUGCAAGUAUUGCUGUUAUGUUAAUGGUGGUUUUGAAGUCAGUAAAAGUAUUGCUGUUAUGUUAAUGGUGGUUUUGAAGUCAGUAAAUGUUACUGGAGCAUUUGAUUUACUGCAGAAAGAGGCUUCUGCAAGUUAAUGAUGGUUGUUAUUUGCAAUGACAACUGCCAAAAGGCUGUUAAAGGUUUUUCAGCAAAGAAGAAAGUUUAUUGGUUGAUGUGCGUACUCAAAUUAAUGGUCAUAUCAAUUGUUUCAGAAAUGAGAAGCAUCCAUAUGCAUGCUCAUAUCUUUGUCCAUAUCACUUUUUCCUGGAAUAGACAGAUUCUGUUCUUAUUUAAGUCGUUUUCGUUUCAGUAGUUCUAAUUACUAUCAUGGCAGCCUGCAGUUUCUCCAUUAAGGUAAUCAUUGUUGGGGUUUUCAAAACUUUUUAUUUAUGAUGUCUCACUUGACAUCUUACCACCAUUGUGAUAAACCUGGUACACGUUGAAGUCACCAAGUAUGAAUUUUUUUUCAGGUCAGUUUUGUUUAUGUUUAUUAUCACAUUUGUUACUUAACACAACCAAGCAAUCAUGCUUCUCAAACAUGCUAAAGUGUUCUUUUGUUCACAUAAAGAACAUGAAGAAUUGUGAAUGCUACUGAAGGUUACAUGAGGACUGUGACAAGAUAAAGCCACCAAGCACUGUGCCUGCAUUUACAGUGGCAAAGCCGUCGUGUUUGUGUAAGUACAAGGUUAGCGAAGGGCACUGAUGCUUGAGAAAAUUGUGAUUUCCCAACACUGACUCCAUGUAGGGUCAGACAUUGUGUCAUGGUUUUUAAUUCUUCCCUUACAGUUUGCACCUGUGAAUGCGAACAUCUUUAUCGCUAUAGCUCACUUGCUUUGAUACACCCUUAUUGAAUAAGUUAAAAGUACCUUCACUAACCACUUUUGAAUUUUUCACCUUGUGGAAAUGGAUCAAGAAGCAUGGUCUUACAGGCAUCACAUGAAUUUUUUUUUUUAUGCCAAGAGGCUAAUUUUGAAGUAGGCUGUCUAAAACAUUAACAACACAACUUUAUUAAUCCACAAGACAAAGACUGAAGAGACCCAAGGAAACUUACCCAAGAUGUGGUAGGCUGAGUACUAAUUAUAAUGUGUGGCUACACACGUCAUAUUCUAGCAGGAUAGACUUAAGGAUCAAAUGUAGAGAACUAGAUAUUGAUCUUAGUUUUGGACAAAGUAAAAGAGGUGUCUGGUCAUCUGCUGUGUCAUCCUCAUCACCAUACCAGACUGCAGCAACAAUCUAAGCAUUUGGUUGCUCCAUUGAUGCUAAUCAUAAGCAUUCUAUAACUGUUUUCAGACACAGAGUAUGCAUUGGUGCCGACUGGAGAUAUAUAGGAAGUGUUGAAAGUCCAUAAAUAUGCCAUCAUAGAACCCUUUGUUACACUUUGAAAAAUAUUUGGAUUUGACCAUAGCGAACAACCAUAAGUGGAAUCUUCAAGGAUGUGGAUAGGAGGAAGUAUUCACCAAUAUUUUGACUUUUUGACUCCUGUCUUAUCCCUACAGUCUUGUGCCAGGAUGGCAAGUAUACUUUUAUUUCAAAAGUUUCCUUCUCCUGGACUGCAUGGCUCAUGUACAGGUCUUGAUUCCAUGCUGCCGUCAUGGAUUUGUAUCAUUUAUCAUGAGAGAUAUAUCCAAGACUCAGUGUGAGUUUGGAGUGUAUGUUAGCUGUGUGUAUGUCUCUACGAGAUAUUGAAGAUUUAACAUUUGUCGGCACAUGAUAUUAUCAACUACCUUUGUACUCUUGUUGUGUAGUGUGCACACCUUGGCAUUUGGUACUGGCUUGGGCCACUUUUAAUGGCAAGAAACAAAAUGUCCUUGAAAAUUGGUGUUGAAGCAACUUUUUGAGAAAUGCCUUUUAUUACAUUAUUCAGAUAUUUUUUAUGUAGCUUUUUCAUUAUUUUUUCUUUGUGUUUUUCAUAGGGAGGACUAUACUUGCUAGCUUGUUUUUUUUUUCAUGAAAAUGUUAUUUUCUGAUUUAGCUGUCUUUUUGGAGAAUAGUGUGGUUUACUCUGAAAAGACAAUUAAAGUCCUGAUUUAAAAUAGUGUAUUUAUUUUCUAGUUUCUGUUUUUUCCUUUCUAGAACAUGAUGGAUAUAGUGUUACAGAGUAAGACACUUUAUGCCAUGCACACAAAUGUACAAACUGGAAAAAAUGAUCAGUCUUUUUUGAAGUUGUACAGCGGUGGUCUGGUUUUUAUUUAUUUAUUUUUUUUUUGGAUGCUGGAUGUACUUAUUGUACGGAGUGUACUUGUUCACUUUGGGUGUGCAUUCUCACCCGCUGCCUUUUGAAAUGAUCAUCCAUUUAUGGAGUUUAGAUUUCACAUUCAUUUCACGCUCAUCGUUUUUUCUUAGUUUUUGCAGUCUUUCACUGCCCACAGAUUAUUUUCUCUCCAGACAAAACUGAUUUAGGAGGACUGGAAUUAAUGUUGAGCUUGUAAAGUCGAUUACUUCUGUGCUGCGCAUCACAAUGUAUGUCCCCAAUUGCUAAAUGCCCCUAAUGAAUGCACACCAUGCAUUACAUGAAUACCAGCCUCGGACUAAUUGAUUUGGAGGUAUUGGCUUACGCAAUGUCAAGAGAGUAAUGACAGUUGGAGCCGUCUCCUGAGUUUGAAUGCCAGGGGGAACAGUGUCAAAGGCUAUAAUGUUAUAAUUUUAAUUCCUUUUUACUUUUUACUUAUCGAAAAAGAAAUUCUGAGAGAUUUUUGCCAUGAUCAACAUGACAUCUUUUAUUUGCACAGAUAUUUCUUGUAAUGCUCAGUUUUGGUUAUAGAUGUAUGACAACAGUGAUGUUAUAUGUGACAUGAUUUUAUUCAUGUUUGUUGUGGUUUUAAGUGUUCUCCAAUCUACUUGCUACCUACACAUUAUUUCUGUUCCAGCUAUUUCUUUCUGUAUAAUUUAACUGAUCACCUCAUUAUUUAUGCCAUUUGUGCAAUCUGAACUGAAAUGGUGGGUCUUAAUAUAUCUUAAUUAAUAUCCAUUUAUAUACUGUCUUUUCCCAACAACAGCUGGACUCAAAGCACUUUACAUACAUACAGGUGCAAACACCUUUCUAAGGCAGGCAUCAAAUGCAACUUCAUGAACACCCAUACACAUAACACAUAAACAUGUAUAACACAUUGCACAGCACAUAAAAACACAUACACGCAUGAUCUUCUGUGAAGACCUUUCACAUUUUGCAGGCUUUGCAAGCAAUUUUUUUUCUGUUUUGUUAUUCAUGGUUUGCAUUCAUGGACUGUGGCAAAGUUGAGUUUUAUUUAUUCAUUUUAACAUUGUCUCUACAUCUUUGUUCUUGUAAUGUGCAGAAAGCUUGCACAAUGACAGGCCUUUUUUUUUUAUCUUCAUUGCUUGUCAGGCAUCUGUUUAAUGAUCCCCAGUUCAGACCUAUCAUCUUUGCAAGAGUGGAGUUGCAGCAUUGCCUUCAUGACUAGACAAUGUCUAUUUGGGCAGAAGUUCAUAUGGAAGUACUAGCUUCCAGCAGCUAUAAAAUUAGUGGGUUUUAAUAUAUAUUUGAACAAAUUUUUAGGGGGCAGUUCUAAACAAACACGUGAAAGAAAUUGGUAUCCUUAAAAUGAUGUUUAGGUCUGGUUUUUUUUGUGGCCUUGGAGUGUGAAAGAAUAUCUUUUAAUAUUGUAUAAUUUUCAAUAACUUAAAAUCGUUGCCUGCAACUCUUGUUGCAGCUACUGAUAACUAAAAUCAUUUAAAAAAAAUUAAUGUAAAAUUUUGCAUCUUCAGAUUUUGAGUGGGUUUGGAGAUGAAUGAAGAAAAUUUUGAGCAUCUCUCGAACAAAGCAUGUUAAAAGGAAAAAGUGGCACCCUUUUCAGCACUUGGAGAUUGGAGAUCUGAGAUUUGAGGCCUAAUUAGAAAUUUGUUUCACAUUUUUUUGUGGGGGUGGAGAGAAGGGGGAUGUUUACUGUGCACAAGAUCACACUAAAUAGGACAACGGGUAUAAUGAUCUCUGUUCUGCUGCAGGCAGAUUCAAGUUACUAUGGCUGGCAUUCCAGUGUAAGAAAUUGUAGGAACAUUGAAGAUUCUCUACAGGAAAGUGGCCAUUUGUUUCCUGUUUAAACAUCAGUAUUGUAGAUAAUUAUUAGGGGUUACACUGUUGUGAAAUGUUUAUUCAUUUCUGCACCAACUCGUUUCACACGGUACUGUGGAUUGAGAUUAACAUCAUUUAUUUCUCAAUCACACAGCUAUCUCAAAUGUGAUCAGGAUUGAACAUUUGAAUACUCUUGACUGUUGUUCCUUCCUUAAACUUUAUUUUAUUUCUGCAUUCUCUAGCCAAAUAAUAAACUUAUAUUGGUAUUAUUAACCUACAAAAAAAGUUAGAAGAAAAUAUGGCAUAAAAAUAAACAUUUUGUGUAUAGGGUUUUAAAAGUAUAUAUUAAAAAUAUUUGGUCUCAUUUUUUUUUAAAUUGCAAAAUUAAAUUUGUGCUAAGUAUUAUAAAGCUACAAAUUUGUAUCUUGUUUUGGAAGGAAUUAGGUUGAUGGGACGUAUUUAACAUUUUUAAAAAUCAUUUUUCCUUUUUAAUAUUUACUUGUACAAGGAUUGAAAAAUGCAGACAUUGAAAAUAAAGGUACAGAAUAAUUUCUAGAAAAUGGAAA